GAGAACGAGGUGUGGAGCGUCUGAGCGACGGGGAAUGGAUUUUGCAAUGAGUUUAUCUCACUUGGAUGCUGACCGCUCUGGAGCACUGAGGUUAUUGCUGGAUGAAAAAAGAGCAGAAAGGAUUAUAUUGCUCAGGAAAUGCUUCUGAAGUCAAUAGAAGUCAUUUAUCCAUCAUCACACCUGGCUGCCGUCAGAACCUGCCUCAGUAUACAUCCAUUCUGUGUGUAUCUUUGAAGAACAUCUGGUGGAAACUCUGCAGUAAGACUUUAACAGCUCCUUAAUGACACUCUCUACAUAUCUGGAUUUAAUCUGCCAUCUACACUGACUGUCCUCUCACCACGUCACAACCAUGUCCGACGAGGAACAAAGAGCGAACAGGAGCACAAAUGAGUUCCGACCAGGAGCAGACCUCUGGCUCACGGGGCUUCUGGGUAAUGUCUCACCCAGUGAUUCUGCAAACUCAAGCAAUGUUGAUGAGGGCGUAAACGUGCUGAUGGAGUCACGUGCCCUCGGGACUGUGCAGAAGAACUGGCUGGCUCUGUUGAUCCUGCUAGCCAUUGUCGUCACAGUGACGGGCAACAUCCUGGUCAUCAUGGCCGUGAGUCUGGAAAGAAAGCUGCAGAAUGCCACAAACUACUUCCUGAUGUCGCUGGCUAUAACGGACAUGCUGCUCGGCCUGCUGGUCAUGCCCAUCGCCAUGGUGACCAUACUUUACAAUUACACCUGGCCCUUCCCGUCUGCUCUGUGUCCUAUCUGGAUCUACCUGGAUGUGCUGUUCUCCACAGCCUCCAUCAUGCACCUGUGUGCCAUCUCUCUGGACCGCUACAUCGCCAUCCGCAAUCCCAUCCAACACAGCCGCACUAACUCCCGAGCCCGAGCCCGAGUCAAGAUCACAGCUGCAUGGACCAUCUCUGUGGGAAUCUCCAUGCCUGUCCCAGUUCUUGGCCUCCAUGACCGCUCUAAAGUCUUCAAAGAUGGCAGCUGUCAGCUGACAGACGACAGCUUUGUCCUGAUUGGCUCCUUUGUGGCAUUCUUCAUCCCCCUUGUCAUCAUGGUGGUGACGUACUUCCUGACGAUCAGCGCCCUGCAGAGCCAGGCCACACUGUGUCUGGACCAGCUCAUAGCACGUCCCAAGUGGCUGUCCAUGCUGGAUCUUCUCCCUCGAGGCUCUCUGUCCUCUGAGCGCUUAUUCUCUCGGACCUCGCUCUGCCCUGACACUAUUGUCCCUUCUGCCAGGCCGUUCAUCCGCCGCACUGCACAGUCUAUCAGCAAUGAGCAGAAGGCCUCCAAAGUUCUUGGUGUGGUCUUCUUCCUGUUUGUGGUCAUGUGGUGUCCGUUCUUCAUUACAAACGUCAUGGCGGUGGCGUGUGCCUCUUCAGCGUGUGACCCAGCGCUCAUGACUGGUCUGCUUAACGUAUUCGUCUGGGUGGGAUACCUGUCUUCUGCGGUCAACCCGCUUGUCUACACACUCUUUAACAAGACGUACCGCGCAGCGUUUGCCCGCUACAUGCGCUGCCAAUACCGUGAGGCGAGCAGGCCUCUCCAGGUCAUCCUGGUCAACACAAUCCCUCCUUUGGCUUUCCAUUCCUCCAAACUUCCACUUCAGGAAGAUGAUUCUUUAAGACAUUCGAAAGAGGACAGUGGAUUUGGGACAUCCUCCUACAUGAACCAGGUAGAAUCUCUGAACAAGCAUGGAAGAGAUGAGAUGGUGAGUCACGUCUGAAAUCAAAAUGGUUGCGUUUCUUUUAUGGACCUAAGGAUUGCUCAGGCUCCAGGCUUCAGGAAAAUAGUGCUACAGAUUCUCAAGGACUAAUACAGAGAAUAUGCCAUCUAUAUAUCACACUUUUUAGUAAAUGCAAUUUUACAGUGGUGUUGUUAUUGUUUAAAGACGGUCCCAGAGGUGGGCUGCUCGCUGCAGUGAUUCUUUGCCUUUUAAUGAAAAGUGUCUGGCUGGGAAACACAUUCUGGGAAAAUAUGAGACUUUGCCACCUUAUUAUUUAUUUAAACCUGUGCACUGAAAUUGUCUUUUGCUCUUUUGUGCAUUGAAAAUUUGAUAGCUAGCUUUCUGAGAUCCAGCCAACUGACCCUCUUUUGCAUAAUCUGAUUUCUCAAGGGUUCAUAUUGAUUUUUUUUUUUUUUCCAGGAUGAACAGAAAGCUGAUUAGAAUAGUAUUUGUGUUAAAUGUGCUUUUACAAUUAUGGGUUCACAAUCCCAAGGGAAAUUUAGCAUUGAAUGAUUUAAAGGAUUUUACGGAUUGUAUUUUCGCUACACUGGGAAACAACACUUAAUGGAUUAUGAACUCUGUGUCAUAAUAAAUACCUAUGUAUAAAUUUGAAAUGUAUGUGGGUAAAUAAAUAGAAUAAACUGGA